AUGGUAGAGUUGACUCCUGGUUCUCAAGUUUUUGUGUACCAGAACCAUAUUCACCAAGCAAUGGCCAGAGCGUCGUAUAAGUCAGCGGCAUCGUUUUUGUUAAACUGUUUUUACACAAACGACGAGCUGGUGGGGAUGAACCUGACUGGAGCAAAUGGAAAGAAAUGCCCAGACAAGGAGAUACUUCAAAGCAUUAUAGGUAUGUGUGCAAUAACAUGAUGACUAUGUAAAUUAAUAGUCUCUCAGAAACUGCUUUUUUUUUUUAAUUUUCCCAUCCAUAAAUUCACUACUCAUGUUGUAAUGAUUUUUGACCCUCUUUACAGGAUUUGUCAUGAGAGAAUACCAAAAGCAUUCGCCAACUGAGUCCUCUCUGAAGCUGGCUUUAAGAAACAAGCUGAGUGCUUUGGAAUCAAGAAAGUUAAAGAAGGAUGAGUGA